AUGCAGCAGCCAAAGGAGCAGCGACGAACGACACAGCUGGCCGUCGGGGUGCCGAGCGCCGGGCCAUGUCGGCUCUGUUCGAGCGAUUGCUCGGGAAACGGGUCCUGGGACCUUUUCGGCUCCGAGCUGCCCGGAAAAAUCAUGGCUCUCGCCGUUGUCAAGAUCCGAGAAAACGACGGCCUGCCAGCGAUCGUUUGCACAAACUGUCGCGACAUGGUCCACGUGACGUACGCGUUCAAGUGCCAAGUGGAAAAAAGCGACCGGGACCUGCGCCGAGCCCUCACCGAUAAACAACCGACCCCGUGGCCAGCAGAUCCGAUUUCGUCAUCCCGCGAGGAAGCCGCAAUACCGUACCUCCAAAGCAACGACAUUUUCAGCCCCGGCUUACCGAUCCCGGACGAUUACGCUCCCUUUGAAGCAACAAGCGAACCCGAGCGCAACACGGACGAUUCGAUAUCUGCCGAGCAAAGUGCUCGAGACGCCGGCACGAUCGGUUCAGCUGCCGAAAUAAACAACGGCAACGAGAGCGACGACGAGAAGCCCCUUAUAUUGAGGACGAAACGCCACAAGUGUAACUACUGCAUAAAAUCGUUUGCCGAUUUGGCCCAGCUGGAUAAGCACGCCAAGGUCCACAAACAGCAAAAGAUUUACGUGUGCCACGUGUGCGACGAGCAAUUCGACGCAAUCGAGAAGAUCAAGAGCCACGCGGUCAAAGUCCACGAGAGGAAGGAGGCAAAGCGGUACACGUGCAAAUUCUGCAGCCGAAUAUUCACGUGCCACAGGCUGUACGUGUCCCACAACAGGUGCCACAAGAACAAACAGUUGAGCCCGCCGGCGGCCGAGGGUGCCGCGCACCCGAAAACUACCGGCCGCUUGCCGAGCAUACACGCGUCCUACUUCACGAACUCGGAGGCAGCUUUGAACCCCUCGGACUUGAAAACCCCGUCGUACCCGGUCAACGCGCAGAUCGGCAACUCGAAGACACCCAACUUCCCGCGCGGGUACAACCUGGCUCUCAAACCAAAAAGUAGCGAUUGCGAUAAUGACGAUGACACCGAUAGCGAGGAUAGCGAGGAUAGCGAGGACAGUCGGGACGAAGAUAGCGGUGCCUUGGGAGGGGCCGUACAAUGCAACCAGUGUGGCAAACUCGUGGCAACUCGGCGAAAUCUCAAGAGGCAUCUUCUCACUCAUUCCGGGCUGCGGUACACCUGUUCGGCGUGCGACAAAGAUUUCUCGAGGCAAGAUAAGCUCCGGGAGCACCAACAAUCGAAACACGGCCAGGUCUUUGGCAAAUCGCGCGACAACGAGCUCCCACCAGAUGGGAAAAACAACUUUGCUGCCAGAAAGAGAAUGAUGAAGAGGGUUCGACCGUACCAGUGUCCGAUUUGUCCCAAGGCGUUCGCCCAGCCGCAGUCGCUGGCCAAUCACGAGGAAAGGCACAACCGCGUCCGAGAAGUGCAGCGCAGGCAAUUUUUGUGCGAAGUGUGCAGCAAAGUGUUCGCCCAGAGCGGGUCCCUGGUUGCCCACAUGCGCACCCACACGGGGGUCAAGCCAUACGUGUGCAACAUAUGCAGCAGGGCCUUCACCAAGAGCACCUACCUACAGCUCCACCUGAGAACGCACAGCGGGGAAAAGCCCUACGUUUGCCAGUACUGCAGCAAGACUUUCGCGAGGGCCAACACCUUGGCGCGGCACAUAACCAUGCACACGGGGGAGGCAAAGUACCAGUGCCAAAUAUGUUCGAAGCUGUUUCGCAGGUUGACCUCGUUGAACGAGCACGUGUACACCCACACGGGCCAGAGGCCGUACGCAUGCAAGACAUGCGGCAAGCGGUACAACAACGCCGGCUCGUUGUACGCUCACGCAAAAAAGUGCAAGAGCGCGGUGGAAGCCAAGAAAGAUGCCAACCUUGCCCCGGACGAGCGUGCCUUUGUGGACAAUCAAGUGAGCAUCGGCGGUGCCGUUGGUGUGCCCGACUGCGCGACGAUGAUGCAGCCAAUCGAGGAUGUCGACGAGCUACCCUCUCAGAUUCUCAUUUUUGCGGAUAAAAAACAGCUCGACGACGCGAUUUCGGACGAGGUGUUGCUGGCCGAUGCCCAGACCUGUCAAUUUAUGAUAGCCAAUGGCGACGGGUCGAUGCUGACGAACGUCCUGGACCAGUUGACCGUUCAAGACUCCGAUAUUUUCAACCCCAAUUCGAGACAAUUGAAAAUGCCCUUCUACGGCUUGUUUCCUACUGUAUAG